ACAAGCAAUUGAAAGACACUCUGCACAUGCUCAGAGGCUGUCUCAUUGCCUCUUCCUUCCUUCUAAUGGAGACGGGGAGUCCUGUCAUCAAGAGCAGGGACUUGGGUGCUUCGAUUUGUGCAGCAUAUAAGGCGCAGUCUGGAGGGCUUCAGGGUACCUCUGUGUUGAUUGCUGGGUUGGUGGUUGUAGCAUCUACCCUAUUGCUACUUUUUAAAGCAACAGGCUCCUGGAAGAAGAGAGAUCCAGUUACUUUACAAGAUCCAAACAUCAAGUAUCCAUUGUGCUUGACACAGAGAGAGGAAAUCAGCCAUGAUACCAGGAGAUUUCGGUUUGCACUUCCAUCAUCGGAACAUAUAUUGGGCUUGCCUAUCGGUCAGCAUGUGUAUCUCUCUUCCAAAGUUGGUGGUAACCUUGUGAUCCGAGCCUACACUCCAGUUUCUAGUGAUGAAGUGAAAGGCUAUGUUGAUUUGGUUAUAAAGGUUUAUUACAAAAACACUCACCCCAAGUUUCCAGAAGGUGGAAAGAUGUCCCAGCAUCUAGAUGGCAUGAAGAUUGGAGAUGCCAUUGACUUCAGAGGACCUAAUGGGCUUCUGGUAUACAAAGGAUCAGGUGAAUUUUCUAUCAAGCCGGAUAAGAAGUCUGAAGGAAGAAAAAGGUUUGCAAAACACCUUGGAAUGAUAGCUGGAGGAACAGGGAUCACGCCAAUGCUUCAGCUGAUCCGUCACAUCACAAAGGACCCCAAGGAUAAUACAAAGUGUUACCUCCUCUUUGCUAACCAGACAGAACAAGAUAUAUUGCUGAGAGCAGAGCUUGAAGAAGUAGCUACAAAUCAUCCAGAUCAGUUUAAACUCUGGUAUACUUUGGAUAGACCACCUCAGGACUGGAAAUAUAGUACUGGUUUUGUAACUACUGCCAUGAUAAAAGACCAUCUUCCCCCUCCUAGCAAGGACACACUAAUUCUAAUGUGUGGACCUCCACCUAUGAUUCAGUUUGCCUGUCAGCCUAAUCUUGAAAAACUAGGGUAUGCUAAAGAGAGUACUUUUGCUUACUGACCUGGAGUAGUACCAUUCCUCUUAAAUGCCAAGGAUACAUAGUACACCUGUGAAUAAACUUUUGUGCCAACAUGUAUGAGAUGCAUUGUGUGUAAAAGCCACGCUGUAACUAAACUGCAAUACCAGUUUUUGUGUUAAUUGGGAAAAUAAAGUUUUGUUGCAAGUG